AUGGACCAGAAAUGGACGGAAGGUCGUAACAGGGCUGCCGGAGAGAGCUCUAGCUGGGUCCCUGCUUCCUCGGCCAGGACCACUUUGCCCUCUUCUCCUCCCCUCAAAGGAGCAUGUGGAGAAGGGCCCCUCGAAGUCCUGCCUGCGGAGGCCCCUGCCGGCCCUGAGGCCACUUCUGGUCCUGGGAACACCAUCCUGGGCAGCUCCCUGAGCACUAGAGGGGCCACAUCCCCAAAUCCUCAGAAGGAAGAAGCCGAUGGCCACCAGGCCGCCUCUUGGAGGAGUGGGCCCACGGGCCUAGAAUUUGAUUUGUUUGACAAUGCCGCCAGCGGAAGGGAACCGGAGAAGGGACCCGGCCUUAAACCUCCCUUUAGGAUACCAGAGUCUGAGGAGGAAAAGGCACCUGAGGAGGCAGGGGAGGGGCCCGUUCCUCCCCGGGGGUCUUACAACCUGGAUUGGAGCAAGCUGGAUGACCCAAACUUUAACCCGUUCGAAAGUGGAGGAGGGACCCAGCCCCCAGCGUGCCCCCAGAGCAGGCCCGCAGCGCCCGUGGCCAAGCGGCCGCCUGCUGGUCUGGAGGCCACAGGGCGCUGCCCCCCAAGCCAGCAGGUGCCUUCGGCCUCGGGGAGUGACGUACUCGUGGCACAGACCGCGGCAGGGACCCCGGGCACAGCGGGCAGAGGGAGCUACGGCCACGCCGCUGUGCCAGCGCCGCCCCCUCCUGUGCCCGGGCCGGACCCCCCCUCGCACCUGGAUGAGGAGCACUUCCGACACCCAGCUGAGGUUCUAGGCACAGGGGAUGACGUGGAUUAUCUGGAGCAGUUCGGGAGUUCUUCGGUUAAGGAGUGCCUGAGGAAACAGUCCUUGUACCCCACGUUUGACCCACUCCUGAAGGACAGCCCUCAGAGACCUGGGCCCAUGGCCCCGGACACCUGCAGCGCACAGGACGUGGCCACGCCGUCCUCAGGAAGCCCUCGGAGAGAAAGCUGCUGGAGCCGGACUUCCGGGGAGGCCCAGAAACAGAAAGAGCUCGAAAAAGCCGAAAUCCAGAAGAUUCUGAAGGAAAACCAGCUGACUGCAGACCUGAGCUCGGCGGAAAAGUCUUUCUCUGACCUGUUCAAGCGAUUCGAGAAUCGGAAGGAGGUGAUCGAGGGGUACCGCACGAAUGAAGAGUCGCUGAAGUGUGUGGAGGAUUAUAUCGCAAGAACUGAAAAGGAAGGCCAGAGGUACCAGGCCCUGAAGGCCCACGCGGAGGAGAAACUCCAGCUGGCCAACGAGGAGAUCGCCCAGGUGCGCAGCAAGGCCCAAGCAGAGGCCCUGGCCUUCCAGGCCAGCCUGAGGAAGGAGCAGAUGCGCAUCCAGUCCCUGGAGGAGACCGUUGAGCAAAAGACUAAGGAAAACGAGGAACUGACCCGAAUCUGUGAGGACCUCAUCUCCAAGAUGGAGAAGAUCUGACGAGGAGGCCCCUCUCCAACACCCCACCCCGUCUGUCUGUCUGUCUGUCUGUCUGUCGUCUGUCUGAUUGUGUGUGAAAGGUUUCAUGUUCCUUC